AUGGUUCUUGCUGCAACUAAUCAUCCGUUAGAUCUUGAUGAGGCAAUACUUAGGCGUCUUCCUCAAGUAUUUGAGAAUGGCAAACCUAAUCGAGGUGAUAGAGCAAAGAUACCAAAAGUGAUUUUGAAGGAUGAGAGAACAGAUGACAAUAUUGACUUUGACCACAUUGCUAGCUUGUGUGAGGGUUCUACUGGUUGCGAUUUACUUGACGUCUACAAGCAAGCAGCCUAUUUUCCUGUCAGGGAUUUCUUGCAAUAUGAGAAGAAUGGGAAUAUUGGGCAUGGAGAACCAUUCUGUGACAUGCACUAG